AUGGCGGGAAAAGGAGGGAAGGGGCUCGUGGCUGGGAAAACCACCGCAGCAAACAAGGACAAAGACAAGGAUAAGAAAAGGCCUGUCUCUCGUUCGUCCCGUGCUGGGAUCCAGUUUCCAGUGGGUAGGAUCCACAGACAGUUGAAGCAAAGGGUGCAAGCCAAUGGACGUGUGGGGGCAACUGCUGCUGUGUACUUGGCAUCAAUUCUGGAAUAUCUGACUGCUGAGGUUCUGGAAUUGGCUGGAAAUGCAAGCAAGGAUCUGAAGGUGAAGAGGAUCACACCCAGGCACUUACAACUCGCUAUCAGGGGUGAUGAAGAGCUUGACACCCUCAUCAAAGGGACCAUUGCUGGUGGUGGUGUCAUCCCUCACAUCCACAAGUCCUUGAUCAACAAAGCUGCCAAAGAAUGA